AUGGGCACUGGAGAUCUUCUACAAGCAACUGGAAAAGGCACUCUAGUGGUUGAAACUCAGCGUGGGAAAAGAUAUAUAAAUGAAGUGUUGCUUGUUCCGGGUUUGGAUGAGAAUUUAUUAAGUGUAGACCAGAUGAUGGAGCAUGGUUACUAUGUUCUAUUUGGGGGUAACAUGGCAGUUAUCUUUGAUGAUAGUAGCCUCAACAAUGUUGUAGCAAAAGUGGUCAUGGGAGGAAAUCAAUGUUUUCCUCUUUCACUAAAAUCUAUAACACUUGCAGCAAGAUUGAAGAUUCUUGGAUCUGGCACAGAAGGCUUGGACACUUGA